AAUGGAAAAUAAUGAACCUCUGAGAGCAUUGGAGAACAUAAGAGAGUUCCUUCAUCGCAUCAACCAUCACUUUCGAUUGAACAAAAUUUUGUUAAUCGGAGAACGAGAACUUGGGUGCCAGCGAGAUCUCGGUUCAACGAUUCACACCACCGGAUCCGCGAAUAUGUUCUACACUUUCGGCGAUGGGGCGCUCACAGCCGUGACUGGGAUUCGUCGUCGAUGUGUUGCCCGUCUUCCAGAGAGUUGUCCGACAUCCAUGACAGGCCGGUGGUCUCCGGGCUGGGAAGUGAGCUAUCUCCUAUACAGAGCAGUGAGCAGAGAAGAAGAUUACAGAGUAGAUAUGCCACAAAGUCAGAUUGCUUUCUCGACUACCUCCCUUGCCGAUUAGGCUAGACGGUAGAGAUGUAGAAUGAGUUCUACCAGGUUGAGAGCCUCCAUUCACCAGCGAGGAUGAAAAGAAGAAUACCUAAAAUUGAACUUGCUCAACUCUUCAAAUUCAUUUAGGAGAUUGACCUGCCAAAUUACUUUCAUCUUGAUUUCUAAUUCCGCUUCGGCUCCUAAUGUGGCAAAGGAAAACCUACUUUUGAGGUAUUAUAUCCCAAAAGAAGGAUGUGCACAUACUAGAUAUUUGAAUAACCAGUGAGGUGGUCAUAUGCAUAGAAGAUCCUAUGGACAGAGCACAUGAGUGUAUAUAUUAGUGUUGUUACUUGUAAUUAUUAGCAUUAACUUGGUUUGAUAUAAAUAGAUCGUUCCUUAAUCUGAAGUAUUAUAAUAACUUCACUAUGAUCUGGUGUUGUUGCAACAAACUAUUAAGACAAUGGCAUUAGGAUGGAGAGAUGAUAUUGAGUACAACUCCAUUGUUGACAUUUCCUGUCGCUGAUGGUACUAUUGUCCAGGCAGUUGGGCAAGAUACAUUUUAUGCUUCUUUGAACGUUCCUCUCCCUUCUCAUGUGCAAAUGGCAGAUCCGGAGAAGAAAAACAGUUUCUGGUGCAUGAACAAAUUGUGUGGCAGUACUAUGCUAGAGAGGGCAUGUUUGGGCAAUCGAGUCUGGGAAGGAUCACCAGCCCAGGUGGAUACAUUACCCCUUGCCAGAAACCAAUGAUGUCUUAUGGAAUGCCAUCAGUAAAUGGCUUGGGAGUACCACCUGCUGGGUAUUACCCCACCCCAUACUGAUUUUAUGAGCUUCUAUAUAGUAGCAUUAGUUUUUUUUAACACUUGCUCUGUUUUUGAAUAAUAUUAUCCCGUUAGUUUUUUUUUUUAAAUAAAAAAGAGCAAGUAAAAAAUGGAGGGAUGACAUUAUUAUUGGUGACUUCAUCAGUUUCUUGUACUUUAGUAUAAAUUUAAUUAUAGCUUUGACAAUAAAUGCUGACAAAUAACUAGCACUAUAUUUAUUUAUCACACACUUGUG